UUUAUGAGUCUGACACUUUUAUUGCUUCCGGUCUACGUUUGAUCGAGAAAAAAGUUCUUCAAAGGUUCAGUUUUGCUGGCAGAAUUGCGAAUUAAAUUGUUAAAGGGAUUAUCUACUCAUAGUUACUGAUCAGCUAUUUGAAAGAAGAAAGGAAAAACGAAUUAAGAUUGCGUAAAAUUGAAGCGAACUUCGACGACCGAAAGAAGAUUUAAAGUGUAAAGUUUAGUGUGUUCUCAAUAUCACUGUAAUCCGCGUGUGUUGUCUAAACGUUUCUUUGUGUUGGAUCCAACAUCCAACAGCGUAUUCGAACUUUACGUUUGUGUCAAAAAAGAAAAGAAAAACCCGUACGAUAUUCUCACAUCUUGGCUAACGCAUUUCCAAUUCAAUUCAGUUCAGUGACUUGCCUUCGUCCAUUUACGAAUACAUUCGCUUCUUGUUUAGGGAGUAAUAUUGUGAUUGUACGUCGAACAUUGAAAUGAACGGGAUGAACAAUAGUACCGAAGAUGUAGUGGAAUGUCCGCUCUGUAUGGAACCGUUGGACGUUGAUGACAUAAACUUUUAUCCAUGCACAUGUGGAUAUCAGAUUUGUCGAUUCUGUUGGCACAGGAUUCGGACGGAUGAAAAUGAAUUAUGUCCUGCAUGUCGUAAGGCUUAUUCGGAAAAUCCUGCCGAAUUCAAACCUCUGUCUGAGGAGCAGAUGACCGCUCUGAAAACGGAAAAGCGCCUGCGAGAUCAGAGGCGAAAACAGAAAAUUACGGAAAAUCGCAAGCAUUUGGCCAACGUUCGUGUUGUUCAAAAGAAUCUUGUGUUCGUUGUCGGUUUGCCACCGCGGUUGGCCGAUGCAGAGGUCCUAAAAAAAUUCGAAUAUUUUGGUAAACAUGGGAAAAUACAUAAAGUUGUGAUAAAUCCUAGUACUGCAUACGCUGGCGUACAGGGCCCAUCUGCGUCCGCAUACGUUACGUACUGUAACAAUAACGAUGCGUUGCGUGCUAUACAAACAGCCAAUAACGUACACAUAGAUGGAAGACUAAUUAAAAGUAGCUUAGGUACAACCAAAUACUGUAGUCAUUUUAUGAAGAACCAGCAAUGUCCGAAGCCCGACUGCAUGUACCUGCAUGAUUUGGGCGACGAUGAGGCUAGUUUCACGAAGGAGGAAAUGCAUCAAGGAAAGCAUCAAGAAUACGAGAAGCGACUCCACGACGCAUUGAUAGCAGCAACGGCAGCGGCGAAUAAUGCACCGAACAGUAAUCCGAAGGCCGACGAGACCAAGCCGAUCGAUACACCAAAUGGACUGGCACAAAACAAUAAAGAGGCUUGGCCAUGCUUAUCCGUGUCACCGACGAACAAAGACACUAAGACCAACGGGAAAGCGGGCAAGGAUGCAUCGACAAAGAAAUCCAAAAGCGAGAAAGUCAAGGCAAAGAAAGCGACGACAAACGGAACGUAUACGAAUGGCAAGGAGAACGGGUUCACUCCGAAUAAGGAUGCGAACGGUGUGGUGGAUGCGUUGGACAAACAGAAGGCCACCAUGGAUGCCGAUGAGGAACUGAAUCUUAUAUCCGAAAUUGAGAAUGAUGCACUGUUGGCUGAUGUUGACAAAACGGACACACCAUCCAUCAGUUCAUCGAGUAGCGGUCGAAGUGGAACACUGAGUGAAACGGCAAGCGGCAAAAGUACACCGGGCAGUUUCAACGAUCAUCCACUGCAAAGUAGUCAAACGAAUCACCAGCAGCAAGUGGAACAGCAAAACAAAACCAAUCUUGAAAAGUCGUCUCAACUCUUGGGUGACACAUUUGGCAGUGUUCCAAUAUCAACCGAAAUAAAUACCAACUGUCAUUCGCUGACAAAUGGCAUCGCUAAAAUCGACACAACAGAUCAAUUCUCCAAACUGUCACUGUUUGACAAUAACAGUUUCUUCUCAAAUACAUUUCAACCGACAACGUACUAUAAAAUGGAUCAACACCGAACCACCGACAAUUUGUCCAGCACCAAUUCUCCGCAACUUCCUGAUUUGCUAAAUGGUACCGAAAUCAGUAAAGAAAGACAAGAAAGACACGAAAUUGAUAAAUUAAAUAUCCUUAAAGGUUUAGGUGAAUUUAAUCAAGUCAAUAACUUGUCAGGUUACAGUAAUACAGCCGCAGAAAAUUGGGACGAUCUGAAAUACGCAAUGACCAAGAAUAAGCAAAGCCAGCUACAUCAACAACAGAAACACCAAUUAGAACCAGACGAUUUGUUAAACUAUCAGGAGCUGCAGAAACGCCACAAUUACAUCAAUCACACAAACAGUCUAGGAAUGCCCCAUUUCAAUGGGCUACAAAAUGAUUUCAGCAACGACUACUUUCACAAUCCUAGCGAAUCGAGCCGUUUCUCACAGAUGCUCUCUCAGCAGCAACAGAAUCAAAACCAUGCCAGACAGCAACCGAACGGAAUUCAUUCUUCAGAUAAUUUGAAUCACAUCUAUCCGGCGAACAUGUCCAAGUUCUUUGAUUUUCACAAAGUGCAACAACAGCAGCAACAACAGAAUCAACAACAAAAUCAAUAUUUCAAUAAUAGUUCGCGGUCCGAUCACAUGAACGUUUCGAAUUUAAUGGAAAACCAUCGAUUGAAUUCACAGUUCCUGGAUCAUACACUUAAUGGUUUAUCAGGAGGAUCACAUGUACUACAUAAGCAAAGAAUGAUGCCCAAAUACGACCAACAGCUGGGCUCACCACAACAACAACAACAGCAGCAGCAGCAACAACAACAGCAACUUAAUCACAAUCUGUUACACAGUCAACAAUCAAAUAGUCGACUACCGAAUCAAUUUUCCUCGAAUAGUGCUGAUGAUGAUCUAGGAUUCGAUCCAUUCAGCGAGGUUCAAAAAGACUACGAAAUCUUUGAAAACGAGAGUAAUCACAGCAAACUGUUAGAUAGCUGUCAAAGGAGUCGUAUGCCUCCGCCGGGUUUCAAUCACAUGAACGCUUUCGGAUUGGGCGUGCCACGCGCCCAGGGCAGCAAAAUUUUACCGUUCAUGAACAUGGGAAAUUGCGCUCAAUCGCCGCAAUCCAAUUGGGGCCAACCGCAACAGCAAAACCUAGGCUAUCAACAAACUUAUGAUCAAACCCAGAAUCAUUUGUCACAACAGAAUCAUCAACUCAACAAAGGAGGAUAUGGUAGUGCCGAUUGGACGAUGUUCGAUCCAGCCAUUGUUUCAAUGCGACAAUUUCCAUCACAACAAUCUCAUGCUGACAUGUUUAUGCCACAUUUGAAUCAACAGCAGCAGCAACAACAGCAAAAUAUACAGCCACCGUUGGGUGGACAGGGUCUAUUCGAAAACAAACUGAAAAAUAUCGACUUUUCCAAUCGAAGCGGUAUGCUUGGUGGAUAUGGCGCACCGCACGGAAUGAAUUUACAGAAUAGUAUUAUGAAUCAACAGCAGCAGCAGCAGCAGAAUUCUCCGGCUCAGUGCACUGUAUUCGAGGAUAUUCCCGUCCCAGCAUCCUUAUAUCAUUACUAAAAAAAAGUAUAAAGAGCUUUCGUGGCAGCAUUUUGUUUUCUUUAUUUUAUUUAAAGAAAAAAAAGUAAUUCGAAGGAACGACGUGAUCGACGUUUGUGAGUAUAACGAGUCCAUAUUCUGGUAUUUCAAUUAAAAUUUAAAAAAAAAAUCUUUUUUUUUUGUUACAACAAAUUAAAUGAAUGGCAAAUUCCAAAUGCUCAUAGAUUUUGUAUAAAGAUUUUUUCUUAGUUAAAUUAAUCUUCUACUUAAUAAUGUUGCUCCCCUUUGUUUUUGUAUACAAUUCUCUCGACAAGUAAAAGUACACCUUACUAUUAUACUACCCACACACACACUAAUGUGUUUGUUGCUACAAAACAUAAAAACAAAAAAUUAUUCAAAUGAAACGAUGAGAUUAAAAAUUGUAACGAUUAAAACUGGAGAAAUGAAAAAGAGAUAGGGAAAAAAAGGAAAAUCGAACGGAAGAGACAGAUCAGAGAGAACGAGGGUUGUUGUCAAUUUUAUUUUGAUUAAUAAUGUUGCUGUUGUUGAAUUUUAAAUGAUUUGAUUGGCGAUUUGAAGAGACACAAAAAGACGCAACUUAACCAUAAAUAAAUUCAACAAAAAAUUUUGAUGAAAACAAAAAAUUAUAAAAAAAAUUUAAACAAAAAAAACCUACAAUUAUCGAUGAACCUUACUCGGUGAUGUGAUGACAUUAUUUAAAAUAAUUAAACAAUUUAUUAUGAAGAAAAUUCUACUGAAACAAGAACAUUGUACAUGUGUAUCUGAAGAAUGAAGAAAAAUUAAUAAAAACAAUUACUAUUUAAAAAUC